CGCAGACGCUCACGUUGGUUAUCGAAAACAACUGUAGCUUGUUUGUUUGUUGUUGUUUGUUGAAAAUUGUAAACCCGCGAAUUGUUUGCAUUCAAUUAUUUUAAAUGGCACAUAAUCUUAAAAAUGUUGACGUAAAGCUGCAAGAUGUGGACGUUUUGACCACAGGUAUCCUGGCGGAGCUUGUGAACGGCAUACUAGAUUUCCUCCUAUUCCAUCGUAGUCAAAUUCCAUUUGUAUAUAAAACCUACAAAUACUAUGUAGAAAAAUGGGAUGAAAAUAAAGAAACGCAGACUGAAUCUUUUGAAAACUAUCAAGUUAAGCAGCAACGCUUCCUGGCCAAGGCAACCAAGGAGUCGAUCAGCAAUAUGCGAGAGAUGAUACGACAAGCGUUUAGAAGCAGUAAAGGGGUCAAAAGUUUACGAUUUCUAUUCGGCAACAACACGUUUAUGCCCAGCGAAUCCUAUACUAUCCACAUACCGCAUGCAUCCAUCUCAAAAAACCACGGGGAUAUUCAUGUCAUGCCAGAGGGCCCCAUGAAUCAAACACUGCUGCGUUUACUCACUUGCGAGGAGCUCUAUACUCUCUGGUCCACAGAACUCAAGGCUACCAAUGUAUAUCUGGAGCUAGAGCUGCUGACCAACGAUGAUGAGCCUCAGUGCGAGACAUUGAAAUUGUAUCCUAAGGAAGUUGUCAGUCAAUUACCGCGUAGUUGUAAGAAUGUACAUUUGCAUCUGUCACAUGUCAAUGAAAAUGACCGUGAGUUGACUUGUUGUAAGCAGCUAGUUAUUUUUCAAGAUUUAGAUAAUUUAAAUAUAGAUACAAUCCAGGAAGAAGUGAAAAAGGAGGAGGAACUGUGUUGCAAGCAAAGUGAGCACGUAAGUGGCUGGUGGCAAUCUGAUAUAAUAGUUCGUGGCUUUAGGGCGCCCAAAUACGACUUAUGGUCUAGCUAAUCCAAUUUUACAUUCUUUUUAUUCAAUAAACUGCAAAGAUUUACUAUCAAUUUAAA